AUGAGUGAUUAUAAUUAUAAUAUAGAUCCUUCUUUAACAUAUGGGCAUAAUUUCUCUGCGCUUCCUACAACUAAUAAUCAGAAUGAUUUCUCUACACUCCCUCUAACCAAUAAUUUUCAUCGACAUUCUAAUGAAAACACUUUAGCAUUUCCAAUUUAUCAAAAUAUCGUUUCUGCUACCAAAAGCACCAGAGUUGCUGCAAACGUUGAUACCACAACUACCAUCGCUGACAAUAACAAUAUGAAACCUUUAGUCUCGACCCCAUUAUUAAAUAAUCCUUCUUACGAAAACAAUAACAAUAUCAUUUGGCUUUUGACACGACUUGAAAAACGUAUCAAUCAAAUGGAACAGAAUAUACACCAAAAGAUUUUUGCAAGCAACACUUUAUCACAAAACAAUGCUUUUGAUAAUGGUAAUAAAAUCAGUAAUGAUGAUAUUUAUAAUAUUUUGGGUAAACUUUUUACUCGUAUAGAACAGUUAGAAACUUCUCAGAUCAACGUUGAACGAAAUCUUGCCGAGUUGAAUAAAUUUUAUUUUAAUCAAAAUUAA